AUGCAUCUUCCUUCUCUCCUCCUCUUUACCGCGUCCGUGGCUGCAAACCCUCUCGCAAGCCGGCAGGUGUCCGGAACUUCUGUAGUUGAUUUAGGUGACAACACCGGAACACCAGCCCAUCUAGCAAGUGGCAUCCUCUACGGUAUCCCGGAUACCCCAGACCAAAUUCCGGAUCACUUCUAUACAGACAUUGGCUUCAACUACGCCAGAGCCGGAGGAGCCCAAAUUGGUUCCGGUGGCCGUGGCUGGAUCUGGGGCUUGUCAGAGUACAAGGGUCGCUUCGAAUCGGCGUUAUCCAACUACAAGACUGCACGAAAAUAUAAUGCGCCAUUCAUCUUCCUCAUCCACGAUCUUUGGGGUGCCGAUGGAACACAAAACUCCUCAGCUGAAUAUCCCGGAGAUAAUGAAGACUGGAGUUCAUGGGAUGAGUAUCUCACGCAGGUUAUCUCUGAUGUCAAGGCCAAUGCAAUGACGGCUGGACUUUCCAUCGAUAUCUGGAACGAGCCUGAUCUCCACUUCUUUUGGACUAGGGGACAAACCCAAUAUCUCCAGCUGUGGAGUAAGACAUACCAUCGUCUCAGGACCGAGCUGCCUGACGUGAUGUUGAUAGGCCCGGCAUUCUCCGGCCAGCCUGAUGCAAGUAACACCUGGUGGACGAGUUAUUUGAGUUUUGUCAAGAAAGAUUCAAGCGUGCCAGACCAGUACGUUUGGCAUAUGGAAGGCGGCGGAGGCGACAUGAUCAGCGCGAACAAGGCUCUGCAAUCCAUGCUCAAAACCUAUGACCUGCCCAGCAAGCCCUUGAACAUUGACGAAUACGCAACCUUCGACGAACAAUGCCCUGCAGGCUCAUCGUGGUGGAUCUCGCAACUGGAGAGAGUCGAUGCAAUAGGCCUACGUGGAAACUGGCUCAGCGGUAAUCAGCUUCACGAUUUCUUGGCCUCUCUAGUCUCAAAACCGGAUGCGACCUCGAACUACAGUCCCACUUCGGCCGGGUAUUUCCCAAAUGGCGAUUUCCAGGUCUACAAGUACUACAGUCAAAAAAUGACUGGACACCGGGUCGGAUCUCAGCCCUCGGCCGAUCUCAAGCUCGACACCUACGCGACCGUUGGAACGGACAUGGUUAGAGUCCUGACCGGUGUGCGAAUCAGCAAGGGAACAUGGCAGAUCACCAUCAAGAACCUCUCGGCUGUAGGUCUACCUGCAUCGGGAUCGCUCAACAUCCAUACCUGGGGUUUCCCGUUCACUGGAGGCCAUUUUGGCCAGGUAAACGCACCGGAUGAUUUGGGAUGGUAUGCGCAUGAUUACACCGGUGACAGCGUGACUUUCCCAGUCUAUCAAACCGAUACCUCUACUGCCUAUGCGUUUGAGUUUCGUGUUGAGAAGUAG